AUGGAGCACAAGAUUGAGGAAAAAGAAAAAUGCCAACAUAGCUUGAAUUUACUGAAUAAAAUUAAGAACAUGAAAGAAUUAGCAGAAAUGAUUGAUGUAGUUCUCAUAGCAGAAGAGGAGACAUUUCCUUGCCACAGACUGGUACUGGCUGCAUUUAGUCCUUAUUUCAAAGCUAUGUUCACCUGUGGACUUCUUGAAUGCACUCAAAAGGAAGUCCUACUCCACGACAUCACAGCAGAAAGUGUAUCAGUGAUAUUAAAUUACAUGUACAGUGCAACCUUGGAGAUCAACAAUGCCAAUGUACAGACUGUAGCUAUGGCUGCCUAUUUUAUGCAGAUGGAAGAAGUUUUUAGUGUGUGUCAGAAAUACAUGAUGGACCACAUGGAUGCUUCCAAUUGUGUAGGUAUCUAUUAUUUUGCAAAGCAAAUUGGAGCUGAAGACUUAUCUGAUCAAUCAAAGAAAUAUUUAUAUCAGCACUUUGCAGAGGUGAGCUUACAUGAAGAAAUACUAGAAAUUGAAGUGCACCAAUUACUGAAGCUUAUUAAAUCAGAUGAUCUUAACAUAUCUAGAGAGGAGAGCAUUCUGGACUUAGUUCUGAGAUGGGUACAUCAUAACCAAGAAUUGCGUAGAGAACAUCUUGUUGAACUUUUGAAGCAAGUCAGAUUGGAACUUAUAAAUCCUUCUUUUUUAAGACAAGCCCUAAAAAGGAACACAAUGAUUCUGUGUGAUGCAGGUUGCAUUGACAUAAUUCAGAAUGCGUUCAAAGCCAUCAAGACACCCCAACAGCAUUCUUUAAAUCUUCGUUAUGGCAUGGAGACUACCAGUCUUCUGCUUUGUAUUGGCAACAACUCUUCAGGAAUCAGGUCAAGACAUAGGAACUAUGGGGAUGCCAGUUUUUGUUAUGAUCCUGUGUCACAGAAGAUCUAUUUCAUCUCCUCUCCAAAGUAUGGGGAGGGUUUAGGAUCCGUGUGUACUGGUGUUGUCAUGGAAAACAACACUAUAAUUGUGGCUGGAGAAGCAAGUGCCUCUAAACUCUCUAGACAAAAGAACAAGAAUGUUGAAAUCUAUAGGUAUCAUGAUAGAGGAAACCAGUUUUGGGAAAAGUUAUGCACAACUGAAUUUCGAGAGCUUUAUGCUCUAGGCAGUGUCCAUAAUGACCUCUAUGUUAUAGGAGGACAGAUGAAAAUUAAAAACCAGUAUCUUAUUACAAACUAUGUUGAUAAAUACUCUGUAGAACGGGACAGUUGGAAAAGGGUAUCUCCCCUUCCACUACAGUUGGCGUGUCAUGCUGUAGUAACAGUGAAUAAUAAACUUUAUGUGUUUGGAGGCUGGACCCCUCAGAUGGAUCUUCCUGAUGAGGAACCUGAUCGAUUAAGCAACAAACUGCUACAGUAUGACCCCAGACAAAACCAGUGGACAGAACGGGCACCCAUGAAGUACUCAAAGUACCGAUUCAGUACAGCUGUAGUCAACAGUGAGAUUUAUGUUUUGGGUGGGAUUGGCUGCGAAGGUCAAGACAAGGGCCAGGUUCGAAAAUGCCUUGAUGCCGUCGAGAUCUACAACCCUGAUGGGGAUUUUUGGAGAGAGGGCCCACCCAUGCCAAGUCCUCUCCUCUCCCUCCGAACCAAUUCGACUAAUGCAGGAGCAGUGGAUGGGAAAUUGUAUAUCUGUGGGGGAUUCCAUGGAGCAGAUCGCCAUGAAGUUAUUUCCAAAGAAAUAUUGGAGCUGGACCCAUGGGAAAACCAAUGGAAUGUUGUAGCCAUUAACGUCCUCAUGCAUGAUAGCUAUGAUGUGUGCCUGGUGGCCAGGAUGAAUCCCCGAGACCUAAUCCCUCCACCUUCAGAUUUGGUGGAAGAAGGCAAUGAGCACUGA